UAGGUUGACGUUUUAUUCAUAAAUUAAUUAACAAAUAAAGGUUACCGAGCGCAAUAAUCAAAAUUUCAUUUAUCUAUAUAAGUAACAUUAAUUCUCCAACAAUUAACGUUUCAUAUUUCAAACGUCUUUUGGAAGUUUAAUUACGAAAGCUUCUAUUAAGUAAGCUUAAGCUUAAGCCAAGUCAUUAAACCAUAAUUUUAAAGAUUGGAAGAAAACGUUUACUGUGCAUUACGUCGCAAAAAACCUACAAAAUGUUUUAGGAUUUAUCAGUCUUGCAAAAUAAGCGUCGAAGAAAAGAAACGUAUAACUUGGAUAGAAAAAUGAUUUCAGGUAUUCUAUAUGUUUUGCAUUUAAUGCUCAUUGUAAGCGCCUAUGGAAGCUUCGACCAAGAUGUCAAUUGGAGUAGUGCUACAUCUUUUCAUGAUUUUCAUGCUCGAGAUCUUUACGGAAACAAUGUUUCUCUUGAAAAAUACCGUGGCCAAGUUGUUAUUGUAUUCAGUGGAGCAACUCGCUGUCCAGUUUCUGCUAAAAACUUCAAACAAUUGCAGGCGUUGUAUGACAAAUAUAAUACAGAUGGUUUAAGGAUUGUAACGUUUAUAGUUGACGGAUUAGCCAAAAAUUCCGGUACUGCAACAGAAAUACAGGAGUAUAUAAAAAGUAUUAACACUCCUUUUGAUGUAUAUGAAAAAAUUGUUUAUGAUGGUGACAACGCCCAUCCUUUGUAUAAGUGGAUAAAAUUACAACUUCCAAAUCAGGAAAAAAUUCAGGUAUCUUCAAAAAUUUUAAUUGAUAAAGAUGGUAAAGUCGUUGACAAAUAUCCUGCCACGGGUCCCUCGGAUUUGGAAGGCGCAAUAAAACAAUAUCUUUAAAUGUAAUAUCUCUAGAUUCUAGUAGAAAUAAAAUAAAAUCAGCAUAAUGAGUAUGUAGAAAUAAAUAUUCUGUAUAAUAUUUUGUAUAUUAUUUUCUUACUGAACUAUGAACUUCCAAUUAAUCAACAAUUGUGAACCAGAUAGCAUAGACAAUUCUACUUCAAUAAAAAAUGGUCCUAUUAUUAAAAGAUAAAUAUUAUUAGUAACCACUGUUGACUUUUCAUUGAGCGUUUACAAACGAUGUAUGAAGCGCAUAUUAUUAAUAAAUUAUAUUGAUAGCAAAAUUACAUGAGAAAGUUAUAAGUACAAUCGAUUUGGUACUCUGUAUGGAAAGUUUUUCAUUUCAACCAUUAUUCCAUCAUAAUGAAACAGAUCACGUACAUACUUCAUGAUUUAGAAUUACACUGAUUAUACAAUCAAUUCUAUGAAUAAAUUAACCCCAAACGUUCAUGCAAAGGGGUUUUUGUGAAAGAUAUUUAAUUUUAAUUCUAGAUUGAACCUUAUCAUAAUCAAAAUAUACACAAAUAAAAAUACAUGUCAAAGUAUUAUAAUUCGUCGUAUAAAAUUUAAGUUAUAAAAUAUAUAGGGCUACACGAGUAUGAAGUUUUCAAAUCAGAUAACAUUUUGUUAUUUCCGAUCCAUAAAUAAUCCACAAAUAAAUUAAACAAAUUCUCUAUAUCAAACUUAUAAAAUUAAUAAAAAAAUUUGAUGACAUAUAAUAAGAUUUUACUCU